AUGGGCAAGGGCAAGAAGGCCUUCGACAGCAGGGCGUGGUUCAACGCGUCGACGCUGAGGAAAUGGCUGCACCGAGAGCUGAAAGAAGGCGUCGCUGGUUGGCAUGGGCGGUCUGCCCUCCUGCAUUAUGUGCUCCCUGGUCUCUGUUCGGGCAUCCCUCUGGAGGGGCCGCCCGACACCAGGGUUUUCGGGCUGUGCCCCGCUGGCCGCGGAACGGAGAGCUACAGCCAGGCGUGCAACACGGUGCUCUCCGACCGCGACGCCACGGCCACCGCGGAGGUGAACGCGAUCCGGGCCGCCACGCAGAGGCUCGAGACGCACAAUCUGUCCGGCUGCGACAUUUACUGCACCGUGCACCCCGACCUGAUGUCUCUGGGGGCCAUCCUGUGGGCCCGCAUAGACAACGUGUAUUGCGGCGUCACGCAGCAGGUUGCGGCGCAGUCGGGCUUCGAGGAUGGCAUUAUCCACUUCAAGGACCUUAUCGAGACAAUGGACAACGAACGCAAGAUCACCGAUGUGGUUGUGGGCGUUGCCAAGGACGACUGCGAGAAGGUCUUCCAGGAAUGGUCCGACCGCAACGGUGUCAUUUACUGAGCCGCCACCCUCUCCGCCGGGGGGGGCCCCUCGGGCGCGCCGGCCGUCCAGCGGCGGCGCUCGCUCGAAUCCGCCACUGCCCCGGUUCUUCCUCCUCCUCCUCCGCCUCCUCCUCCUCCGCCUCCUC